CAGAGAUCGAAUAAAAGAUAAGGAUGAAGAAGCACCAGAUCACUCCAUCUCACACUCCUUAUCCUGCGCACUCUCUCCGUUGUCCUUUCCACUCCACUCUACUCUAUUAUGGCCGAUGACUUACACCCACUACUCCAACCCCCAGUCACCGCCGCCCCAACCACCAUUAUACCACCACCCAUAACCGAUCCACCACCAGCACCACCCACGGCACCGCCCUCCUUAGACAAUCCAGGGCCAUCUUUGGCUCCAAAACGACAACGCCGCCCCAGUGUCCGAUUGGGCGAGAUCGGUGACCAACCCGCUGCCACACUCUCCUACGAUUCGCACGUUCGGAGGACCAAGCACCCAUGGAGGUUCUCCAGAGACUCUUCCGCCGCUGUGGCUUCGUCUAAGUCCGUAAAGGCCCGGUCUUUAACGAACCUUGUCAACGGCGGUGAUUCCCAAGAAAUUGCGGAGACCGAAGAGAGGAAUCAGAACGGAGACGGUCUUAAUUUCGAGUUGGGGAUCCGAAGAGUGAAGUCGAAGCGAGCAACUGCAGUCAAAAGGGUCCGAUCGAAUUGGGUUACGAAUUCGAAUUCGAAGCAGCUGGAUGAUGGGGCAGAUAGUAGGGAGGAAUUGGGGGAAGAAGGGUUUAGGGAUUUCGAUCCGGAAUUGGAUAGUCCAAUGAGGGAACAGAGCCCAGUACAGUCAUUGGAUAACGCGGGCGUGGAUACGUGGAAUGAUAGCUUGCCCGAGACGAGUUGCGGCGGAGUUAGGUCGUGGUUGAUAGAGUUGGGUUUGAGUCGGUAUGCGCCGGUGUUCGAGAUACACGAGGUUGACGACGAGGUUUUGCCCAUGUUGACUUUGGAGGAUCUUAAGGAUAUGGGAAUCAACGCCGUUGGUUCCAGGCGGAAAAUGUACACUGCUAUUCAGAAGCUUGGUAAGGGAUUUUCAUGAGUUUCAAUCCCUUUUUUUUUGUCAAUUAUAUAUAUUUAUUCACUGAAAUAGUUAAGUUUAACUUGAUCAUCAUCAUCAUAGGCUUAAAAAAAAAAAGAGAACUUGACCACCAUAAGCUCUCGGCUUUAGCUGAAAUGUUACUAAAAAAAAUGCUGGUCUGAACAGUUUUUUCUGUUGUCCCUUUACUUCUCUUACAAUAAAACUACUCACCAAAUUUGAUUCGAA